AUGCAUCACUAUCUGUCCGACUAUGUCAUCAAUCUUGGUGUCCACGGUAUCUUCGGUCCUAAUGGUAUACAGUCACUCUGGCAACUCUGCAUGUUCAUAGGACAUGAGGGUAGACGUAGCUACAUGUGUUUGGCCGUCCAUCCGGAACGCGGCCGCACUGGGGCCCCCACGAUCGUUCUCAAGGGCGACCUCUGCGAGAAGGAGGGGAAUGACCCGUUGGUAGACGAGGAGGUCUACGGAUUGGCCAAGGACGGUUUUGAGAAGGCCGCUCUGGGGUUGCAUGCAAUGAUCCUCGCCAAAUCUCCAAACAUUUAG